CACAGCACACUAUUGGCCAGCCCCCCUCUGUCUCUCUCUCGUGCUCUCUCUCUCGUGCAUUACGUCCUUUAGCUGAGAAGGCGUAGCUCGUUGGUUUCUGCUCAUUGUGCGACUUCGGCGAGAGAAAUUUCCGCUUCCUCCCCGCACAGAUAAACACGACCGACCAACACACACCGAGCAGACACGAAGUUGACGCGCUGGGACAGAGAGAGGACACACAGACGGACGCGGGGAUUUGCCGCCUGCCUUCGGGUACAAACCCCGACGACUGCGAUGGUUUCACUAUCAGGCGGCGAAUAGCACAAAACGGAUCAACUUUCCGUUUGCACUGAACACAGGAGCGUUUUACGCAUUUGCACCACCAGGAGCCUGAAAAAAAUAAGCUUAAGGAAGGAGGAGGCGGCACCAAAAAAAGGACAACACACACAUACGGAGAAGCCAAACUACUACGGGUAUUCCUCCUAUCAGCUCCGUCUGAACGUUUUCAGCCUCCAGGAUGUCGGACCGAGGAGGGCUCCCGCGGACUGGGGGCGUCCCUUCGCCGCACAUGCAGCCCUCCAAGCCGGUCAGCAUCACCUCCAACCGGCCGGUCCACAUGAACCUGUACGCUACCUGGGAGGUGGACCGCUCCUCACCCAGCUGUGUCCCGAGGCUGUUUAACCUGACUCUGAAGAAGCUGAUCAUGCUGAAGGAGCUGGAUAAAGACCUCACCUCUGUGGUCAUCGCCGUCAAACUGCAGGGCUCCAAGCGGAUCCUGCGCUCCAAUGAAAUCCUGCUGUCCUCAGCAGGGCUGACAGAGACCGACCUACAGCUCACCUUCUCCCUGCAGUACCCACACUUCCUGAAGAGGGACGCCAACAAGCUUCAGAUCAUGCUGCAGCGACGGAAGCGAUACAAGAACCGAACCAUCCUGGGCUACAAGACCCUGGCCCUGGGACUCAUCAACAUGGCCGAGGUGAUGCAGCACCCCAGUGAGGGGGCCCAGGUCCUGGGGCUCCACAGCCAGCUGAAAGAUGCCUCGGUGCCCGUCGCUGAGAUCCGAGUCUACUCUCUGUCCAGCCAGCCCAUCGACCACGAGGGACCCAAAGCAAAGAUGUCUGAUCGCUCUCCAGACAUUGACAACUACUCCGAAGAGGAGGAAGAGAGCUACUCAUCAGAACAGGAAGGCAGCGACGACCCCAUUCAUGGACAGUAUCUAUAUGACGAAGAAGAGGAGGUGAGGAAGAAGAAGCCGAGGCGCAAACUCCCUUCCAAUGCUGCCAUCACCAGACAACCCAAUAUCAAGCAGAAGUUUGUGGCCUUGCUGAAAAGGUUUAAAGUCACUGAUGAGGUUGGUUUUGGCCUGGAGCAUGUGUCGAGGGAGCAGAUCCAGGAGGUGGAGGAGGACCUGGACGAGCUUUACGACAGUCUGGAGAUGUACAACCCCAGUGACAGCGGGCCAGAGAUGGAGGAGACCGACAGCAUCCUCAGCACACCCAAACCUAAGCUAAGGCCGUUCUUUGAGGGAAUGUCCCAGUCCAGCUCCCAGACAGAGAUCGGCAGUCUGAACAGCAAAGGCAGCUUGGGCCGAGACACUUUCAGUCCGCAGGGGGAGCAGCUUCCUCUAGAGAAGAUGAAACCCUCCCGCAGCCGCAACCUGGAGGAGGCCUUGUCUGAGACCGACACACUGGAGCUAACAGAUCAGGAGCUGUUUGCUGAGGUGGGCCCCUGCAUCAUGGUGUCAGUGGCAGAGAAACCCCGUACACCCAUGAAGAGCAGCAAAAGUGAAAUCCAGGCCAUGCCAUCACCAAGGUUGGACGGAGGCCACACACCCAGACAGAAGCGCAUCGGCACUCCCAUGAAGGAGAGACAGCUGUCCAAACCUUUGAGUGAACGGACCAACAGCUCAGACUCAGAGAGAUCCCCAGAGCUGGGACACAGCACGCCGCUCCUGAGGAAGGUGGUGUACGACCAGCUGAACCAGAUUUUGUUGUCAGACUCUGCGCUCCCUGAGAGCCUGAUCUUGGUCAACGGCACUGACUGGCAGGGGCAGUAUGUUGCAGAGCAGCUCCAGGUACAGAGACACCCGGUGGUUUGCACGUGUUCGGCGGCUGAAAUCCAGGCGGUGCUGUCUGCUGUGCUCACUCGCAUCCAGAAAUUCUGUAACUGUAACUCGUCAAUGCCCAGAGCGGUGAAAGUGGCGGCGGUGGGCAGCCAGAGUUACCUGGCAGCCAUCCUGCAGUUCUUUGUCACUCAGCUCGCCAACAAGACGUCCGACUGGCUCAACCACAUGCGCUUCCUGGUUGUGCCUCUAGGCUCACAUCCAGUUGCCAAGCACCUCGGCGCCCUUGACAAUCGCUACAGCUCCUCCUUCCUGGACGGGCCAUGGAGAGACGUGUUCAGCCGCUCUGAGCCGCCACAGACAGAUCAGUUGGAUGUAGCAGGAAGAAUCGCCCAGUACAUUAGCGGAGCCACAGUCACGCACCAGUUGCCCAUCGCUGAGGCCAUGCUCACCUGCAAACACAGGACGCGAGAUGAAGACUCCUACCAGAAGUUUAUUCCUUUUAUAGGGGUAGUGAAGGUUGGUCUUAUCGAGUCUGGUCCUUCUCCAACGGGAGAUACAGAAGAAGGUGUGGCGGUGAGCUUGGCUGUCCCCUCCACGUCUCCCCCCUCCCACGGCUCACCCACAGGGAUGAUUAAAGAGGCAGCCACGCCCCCCUCCUCCCCCUCCAUGGGCAGUGUCCUGACAGCACAAGGGAGUCCCAGUAUGUCUCACGGCGUGGACGCCAUCGGCCUGCAGGUGGAUUACUGGCUGGCUUCUCUGGCUGAGAAGCGGCGGGAGGGUGAGCGACGUGACACGGGAUGCAAGAACACGCUGAAGAGCGCCUUCCGCUCGCUGCAGGUCAGCAGGCUACCAGGCGGGGGCAGCAGCGAUACACAGGCCCAGGUCAGCACCAUGGCCAUGACUGUGGUCACCAAAGAGAAGAACAAGAAAGUUCCCACCAUCUUCCUGGGAAAGAAGCCAAAGGAGAGGGAUGUAGACUCAAAGAGCCAGGUCAUUGAAGGCAUCAGCCGACUCAUCUGCUCCGCCAAGCAGCAACAGACCAUCCUGAAAGUGUCCAUAGACGGCGUGGAGUGGAACGAUGUUAAGUUCUUCCAGCUGGCCGCCCAGUGGCCCACUCACGUCAAAUACCUACCUGUCGGACUUUUCGGCUACAGCAAACCCCCCUCCUAGGGGUGAGCACCCGCCGACUCCUCUGACCCUGACUUGACCUUCGACUUCCCUCGAUCCUGUCACACCUUCAUGCAAAGACCCCGCCUCUCAGCACCUGCAGAGCUGAGAGAAGACGAUCAAGCAACUGGACUAUUUUCUUUCUUUAAUUUCAUUUUGGCUACAGUAGUCUUAUUUCUCUUUUGGGGACGGAAAGGAGGAAGGAGGUGUUGGGGUGCAGCGCUGUUACUAGUCACUUUAAUGCCCCUUUUGGUGUUUGUUUGUGUGUGUGGUGAGUGUGUAUGCACACGUGAAUGUACAGUAUGUGUGUGUGUGUGUGUGUGUGUUUACAAGGGGCAUACAGCACAAGUUUAUUAGCUAACUGCCAUUUACGUUUCCGUUCUAUGGAAUGCAAUAGCAUGUGACAACUCAUCGAUUUCAAGCCCUUUGAAGUCUGAUCUUCAACUUUUGACCCCUUCAAGGUCCUACUCACCUCAAAACCUGAUUCACACGUGCAUGCUCUGAAAUAACAGAUACACCACUCAUGUGCCGGAAACAGUAACUCAAAAUAAAAAAAGUAAUGCAACAGGGCUUCAGUGUUUGCAUGAGCCAGUGAAAACACAAAGAAAAGUCUCCUCUGCUCACAAAAUGCAGUCAAAUAAACGGCUUGCAUGUGAUGAAUUUCUCCUCCACAUGUUGUCAGAUAAAUCAACAGAACAGAUGCCCUUCAAAACAGCCCAAUUUUUUAUUUUUUUUCAAGGGCUUCCAUAUAAUUUAAAAUAUUUUUUCUGUACUAAAAUAAGUAAUUUGGAUGUCUAAUUCCAAAUGUUUCCUUUCAAAAAAGAAAAUAUAUAUAAAGGGGAAGUGUCUUUUUUUAAAUUGUGCUCUAGUGAAAAAUAGUAAAAACCUUCCCUUUAAAGCUGUUUUGUGGUGCAUAGUGUACAUUUUUGUGAAGAGUUCCAGGAUUUCAGGGCAGGGGCUACUCUAAUGUGCAGUUUUCUUUAUCUUCUUAUUUGCUAUGCACUUAUGAAUACACAUCUGGGUGUUUGCAGAGUACAGCUGGUAAAAAAAAAAAAAGAUUAGCCCUCUUAACAGCAGACCCGACCAAAUAUGCAGGAAACUGAAACAACAAAAUGCGUAUUUAAACAGUCCAAAACUCAGCAGCGUUGAUGGGAAUAUUAUGGGAAAAGUGUGCAUACACGCCCAAAAAUGGGAGUUAAUCACCUGCACUAAAGCACAAUGUUGUUUGCCAGUUGUCCCCCAAAUAUCCUUUCUUUAUUGGCAACAGACUGGCAGCUUUCUCUUCAGUGAAAACAGCAGACCAGGUCAAAGAUCUAAUUUUUAAGCAUUUCCAUUUCUCUUCUCCUUAAAAAUUUUCAUUUUAUUAGAAAAAAAGAGAAGUAUUUGGGUUGGUUUCCGUUAUUUUGGCACAGGUCUGCUGCGUGCUUUCUCUAGGAUGUCGUGAGGUGAUUAGUGAGUGUAUAGUAACUGUUAACAAGUGUGCGUGUAUGUGGUGAAAUAAAUGUAAUGUGGUCAGAAACUUUUUUUUUUAAAUCACUAAAUAGGAGGAAUACUUUUUCUACCAUGUGACAGAGAGCAUGCAAUUGGUGUGUGUGUGUGUUGGCAGUGUGUGUUAAUGAUGUGGUAAUUAUCAAUAUCAUUGAUUAUCAGAUUUGGGCUGCAAAAGCUGCAGUAGUCGUCUUGUUUACUUUGUAGCCUGGCACAAGGCGAAUGCAGAUUUCUUUCCCCCCACCACUUAACACUUUGAAAACAAACAGAAUCACAAAAUUAAAUUCAGUUUUAUUGAAAUAAUUUGAUUGAAAUUCAACUUCAGUGCGAAUCCAAGAAUGUAUCUGCAACAGUGGUUUAUAAUAAUUGUUCUAAAAGCAAUUUUUAAACGCAAAGCUCACCAGGCCUGUGUAGCUCUGCCUUGUGUCACCUACAUUGUAACACUCCAUAUCCGGUCAAGUAUUACCAAGGUUGAGGUUUUAGUUUUAGUUUUUUUAAAUAGUGUUAAUGCCAAUGUUUUGUUUUAAAUGCUUUAAAUGUUUGUUUGAAAAUAGGUCAUAAAGUUUUUUUUCCCAUGUUGAUAUUACAGUGUUACAGUUGUGAUGUCAGCAGCACGUCUUAAACUCGGCUCAUUUUGUUGUCGGACAGCACCUGUUACACAAGGUUUCACACUGAAGGUUUUCAGAGCUCGCUUUGUUUGUUAACUCUCUGUUUGGUUAACAGCUCGUCUGUCACCGCUGAACACCCAGUUUGGUGUUGAUGGAUUUUAAAUACUUCCAAAUAUUUGAAUGUAUUGAAUUUAGUUUACAUGUGCUGUCUUGCAUCUUUGUGAACGACUGAGUCUUAAGGCUUCAACUCUUAAGUAGAGUUAUGUUUCACUAUAAAUAUAAUCCUUUGGUGUUAUUUGGCCUAAAACAGACAGUUCACGUCAGAUUUUAGAAAUGAAAUGUUCAUUUUCAAGUCUGCAUGAACAGUCGACAGACAGCCAGUUUAGAUACUUUUCUCCAACUUUUUUGUGUAAACAACAAAAACACAAACAGCCAGUGGGCGUCUUUUCUCACUUGUGUUGCUGGCACCCAGUUAAGGGCUUGAUAGACAGACUGACUGACGGGUUUCAUUAUUCAUGAAUAUCAGUGAGUGUUAAUGUACUGUAGUUUGAUGUGGAGGUUGCUUAAUCAUUUCAUUCCAAAAAUAAUCACAUUUGAAAAUAUUGGCAUUUGCUCUAAAAGUAUUUUUUGGCAUAAUUUGCUGUUAUGAAAGCAAACUUAAUCAUAAGACCUUUGCUAAGAAAAAAGUAUAAUCAUCUUGGUACCACUGUAAAAUAACCCAUACUUAGAAAGGGUUUAUAAUCUGCCACUAAUGACUUCAUUAAUCAUACAUGAAUGGAAAGAACUUUUGGGUUGCCAGGUUGUCAGGCCAAAUUUCAGUGAAGUAUGCCUUUGGUUAGUAUACAAUAUAUCUUCUUGUUUUUAAAGCUACACUUAUCAAUAUUUUUAUAUUAACAAUGGGUCAAAUUACUGCAUGUAAUGUGAAAGGUGUCGCUCACAUUGACAAACCCCCAGAGAAUUAUCACCCAACUCUUCAGUUCCCUUUAGGUCUACAGAGCUUUUUAGUAUCUUUUAGCUCAUUGUUUUGGUUUAAGGGCCCGGACCUUUACUGUUUUGGUUCACUCUCACGGCUCUCAUCAGCCUCUUUUCCAGCCGUCGCUAGCAGCUGAUUUAAUUUUAAAAGCUCUAAAAACCAACUGUACACGACCUGCCCUGCACCACAUGUCAAGGGAGACAAAAUAAGCAACUAGCUGGUGAACAUCGUGGAGAAUUUAGUAGCUAGCCAGAUAUUUCCCUCAUCGAGUUGGUGAUGACUCAGACUGAGCUAAAAUGAGAGUGAACAUUGGACUUUAAUUCAUCAGGUGCCCAGAAACUCCAAAUGAAAGCUAAUGUUGCUCUGUAACUGCUGGAUGUGUAAAUAGGCAACAGUUAGCACCAAUAAUAAUUAUAUAAAAUGAUAAUAUAUCAAUGUUGUGUUCACAGCUUGUUUCCACUGCCUCCAAGUGGCCAAAAAAAUUUAAAUAAUACUGCUUUAAGUUGAAAUGUUAGUAGGUCAUGAUGAAAGAGGUUUUUCAACUUGCAUUAAGUCAUUAGGCUGUAUGCGUAUUAGUAAGUCAAACAGGUUAUGAGGAAGAUACGUAGUGUAAUUAAUAGAUAAAGGUACAUUGGUACAGGAAAUACUGUAGAUGAACCAAAGGGAUCCUUCACCAAAAUGUGGCAACCCAAAACUUAAUUUACUUUAUGCAUUAAGUAAUAGCUUCUUGCUAAUCUGUUUAGUAUGUUUUUAUAAUUUUAACCUUUUAAAAUAGUCAUUAGUGACAACUAAGAAUUUUUUUUAAGUAUGCUUUAUUAUGAAGUGGUACUGCAUUUUUAAAUUAAAAAAAUUAUUUCAAAAAGAAAGAUCUUUGCAAAAGUUCAAUAACAUUUUGGAUUGAAAUGCUUGAUUUUUUAACUUAAACUGUAACCAUGGAGGGCGAGGAAUCUUGUGUCUGCUGUUAGAGACAACCUCCACUAACUCAAAAUGCUCUCUGCCUUGUAGUGUUGUUAGCCUAAUUAUCGCAGUGAUGUGAAUCUAAACUUUUCCUAAAUUGUAUACAGUGAUAGUUUAUCGACUCACCUCUCACUUGCAGCCUCCACGUGGAGGUUAAAGGUCACCUGACUCACCGAUUGAACUGAACUUGGAAAUAUUCUACUGAAAGAGAGGCAUUAAAAACAACAUCGCUGCCAAAACUAAAAUGUGAAGAAAUUGUGAUUAUAUUCAUAUAGAUUUGUGCCGUUUUUGGGUUGCUGAUAACUAAAAACACAUUAACAACAAAGUGAUCCUUGUUCUAAAGUCAUCAUUUCAAUGUUUGGAGGGACUGAAUGCUUGUUUUUUAAUCACAGCCACGUUCUGCAGCUUUUCUUGUCUUUGUCACCUCUAGACCAUCUUUCCCCUCAUUCUUACCGUUUACAUGUUUUUCUAAAGUCUCUUUAAAAAUGCUGGUUGUUCUGUAUGUAAGUCUUGAACUUGUUCCUGUGUGUUUUUACCUGUACCUGUGUCAACCCGUGUUUGUGACAGUGUAACAAUGGUUCCUCUGUCCUAGUCGUGGUUAGAGAUUAGGAGCUGUUUGGUCCAUCAAUAAUCUCUGUCAGUGAUCAGCAGUGUCUUUUCUCUCCACCGUCCUCAGAUAUGUCCCUCUGACGACGAGUCUUCUUCCACAAGCUUAGCUUUCUGACAUCAUCUUAAAUGAUAUUGUCCCCAUUCCCUUGCAGCUUGUAAAUUUGCUGUCUGUUCUCAUGGGAACGGGAUUUGCCUAUGAAAGCAGUAGAUUUCUGCCAGACGAGGUUCUGCUCAGAGCAGAGCGUCCUCAACUUGUGGACUUGUGGAGAGUAUUUUGCACAUGCCAUUGUUUCUUCAGCAGCAGUCUUCAGCUUUUUUGCCUUUUGCCUAUAACAAUAAUUACAAUAAACUAUAUUGCUUGUACAUAUCAGAUAGUAAUUGUAUUCUAGUUCUGUUUUUUGUUUUUCUUAAUUUGACAUGUUUUGUAGUACUGCUUUUUCAUGAUUACGUUUGUCAAUCAAACAGAUGUGGGAUGAAAAGUGGAAGUGUUUAUUGUUUCAUUUGUUUUUUUUAAAUAAAAAUAUUCCUGAUUUUUA